UCUGCAUCCGAGGCGGUGAUUCUGCAAGCGGGACACGUGGAAGCCAGCUGUGGGGAGGCUGAGGGGUCUCCAGACAAGAACAGUUGGGAGGUUUGCAGGACCUGGAGAAUCCCUCAGGAUGAAGCUGAGUCUCACCAAGGUCGUUAAUGGCUGUCGCCUAGGAAAAAUAAAAAACCUGGGCAAAACAGGGGACCGCACAAUGGACAUUCCAGGCUGCCUUCUAUACACCAAGACUGGCUCUGCCCCACACCUGACCCAUCACACGCUGCAUAGUAUCCACGGGGUUCCUGCCAUGGCUCAGCUUACACUGUCAUCACUGGCAGAAUAUCACGAAGUCUUGACAGAAUAUAAGGAAGGAGUUGGAAAGUUUAUAGGCAUGCCAGAAUCGCUCUUGUACUGCUCCCUGCACGAUCCAGUCAGCCCCUGCCCAGCUGGUUAUGUAACAAACAAGUCUGUGUCUGUGUGGGGUGUUGGAGGACGAGUGGAAAUGACAGCUUCCAAGUUCAUGGCAAUCCAGCAGGCCCUUCAGCCAGACUGGUUCCAGUGCCUCUCAGAUGGAGAAGCAUCUUGUGCGGAAGCAAGUUCCAUAAAAAGAGCCAGGAAGUCUGUUGACCGAUCGCUGCUGUUCCUGGAUCAUUGUCUGCGGCUGCAGGAAGAGUCAGAGGUCCUUCAGAAAAGUACGAUCAUUGGAGUGAUUGAAGGUGGAGAUGUGAUGGAGGAGAGGCUGAGGUCAGCACGAGAGACAGCCAAGCGGCCUGUAGGUGGCUUCCUUCUGGAUGGCUUUCAAGGGAACCCGACAACUCUGGACGCUAGACUGGACUUGCUGUCGUCAGUUACCGCGGAGCUGCCGGAAGACAAACCGAGGCUCAUCUGUGGCGUUAGCCUGCCAGAUGAGGUGCUGGAGUGUAUUGAAAGAGGAGUGGACUUAUUUGAGAGUUUUUUCCCUUAUCAAGUGACAGAGCGGGGAGGUGCCCUGACUUUCAGCUUUGAUUACCAGCCGAAUCCUGAGCAGACAUUAUUACAACAAAAUGGGACUCAGGAAGAAAAACAAUAUGUGGAUCAGUCAAAGAAAAUGAAAACAGCCAGUGGCAACCAAGAAAUGACAUCAUUUGAAAUUAAUCUGAAGGAAAAAAAGUACCGGGAGGACUUUGACCCAUUGGUGAGAGGGUGUUCCUGUUACUGCUGUAAGAACCACACUCGUGCUUACAUUCAUCACCUGCUGGUGACCAAUGAACUGUUGGCCGGAGUCCUGCUUAUGAUACACAACUUUGAACACUACUUUGGAUUUUUCCACUCUAUCCGGGAAGCACUAAAGAGUGACAGGCUGGCACAGCUGAAGGAGCUCAUUCGCAGGCAAGCAUCUUGAGCCUGGCAUACAGGUCUGACUUCACAUUGAGCCAGUGCCACUGUUGUUACGUGGGAAGCAGAGAACAAGAAAUGAUCUUAGCUUUCAUCAUUUAUAUUUGAGAAAACGAUCUGCUCAGAUA